CGGUCCCGAGUGAAAAGAGAAGGAGGGGCAGCGGGGUGACGGUGCUGGAGCCGCUGGCAGCGCGGGGAAGGUAGUCCGCGGCCCGGGCGGGAGGAGAAGGUGGGCCAGAGGCCAGGCCAACUGCCCGGACCCUCCGACGCAGCCCCAGACCGAGCGGCAGCGGUUUCUGGAGAGGUGGGGAGGCGCUGCCAAGCCCCAGCUGGGGAAGAUGUUCAACGUGGAAUCGGUGGAGCGGGUGGAGCUGUGCGAGAGCCUUCUCACUUGGAUCCAGACAUUUAACGUGGAUGCACCAUGCCAGACCGUAGAAGAUUUAACGAAUGGGGUUGUGAUGGCCCAGGUUCUUCAAAAAAUAAACUGCCAAAGUGUUUCCAAAGUGGAUGUGCCAUUUGUGGUCCCACAAGCAGUGUAUGAAUGUUCCUAUUGCACCACAGUUUCACCAUCACUUGUAAGAGAUCCUGCAUAUUUUGAUGAAAAUUGGCUGAACAGAAUCAAAACCGAAGUAGGAGAUAAUUGGAGGCUAAAGAUAAGCAAUUUAAAGAAAAUUUUAAAAGGAAUCCUGGAUUACAAUCAUGAGAUUUUAGGACAGCAAAUUAAUGACUUUACCCUUCCUGAUGUGAACCUCAUUGGGGAACAUUCUGAUGCUGCAGAGCUCGGAAGGAUGCUUCAACUCAUCUUAGGCUGUGCUGUGAACUGCGAACAGAAGCAAGAGUACAUCCAAGCCAUUAUGAUGAUGGAGGAAUCUGUUCAACAUGUUGUCAUGACAGCCAUUCAAGAGCUGAUGAGUAAGGAAUCUCCUGUCUCUGCUGGAAAUGAUGCCUAUGUUGACCUUGAUCGCCAGUUGAAGAAAACUACGGAGGAACUAAAUGAAGCUCUGUCAGCAAAGGAAGAAAUCGCUCAAAGGUGCCAUGAACUGGAUAUGCAGGUUGCAGCAUUGCAAGAGGAGAAAAGUAGUCUUUUGGCAGAGAAUCAGGUAUUAAUGGAAAGACUUAAUCAAUCUGAUUCUAUAGAAGAUCCGAACAGUCCUGCAGGAAGAAGGCAUCUGCAGCUCCAAACUCAAUUAGAACAACUCCAAGAAGAAACAUUCAGACUAGAAGCAGCCAAAGAUGAUUAUCGUAUACGCUGUGAAGAGUUAGAAAAGGAAAUCUCUGAACUCCGGCAACAGAAUGAUGAACUAACCACUUUGGCAGAUGAUGCUCAGUCUUUAAAAGAUGAAAUAGAUGUUCUUAGACAUUCUUCUGAUAAAGUGUCUAAACUAGAAGGCCAAGUGGAAUCAUAUAAAAAGAAGCUAGAAGAUCUUGGUGAUUUGAGGCGUCAGGUUAAACUCUUAGAAGAAAAGAAUACUAUGUAUAUGCAGAACACUGUCAGUCUAGAGGAAGAGUUAAGAAAAGCCAAUGCAGCUCGAAGUCAACUUGAGACAUAUAAGAGACAGGUAGUAGAACUACAAAAUAGAUUAUCUGAAGAAUCGAAGAAAGCAGAUAAAUUAGAUUUUGAAUAUAAGCGGCUAAAAGAAAAAGUUGACAGUCUUCAAAAAGAAAAAGAUAGGUUAAGAACAGAAAGGGAUUCUCUGAAGGAAACCAUUGAAGAGCUUCGUUGUGUACAGGCGCAAGAAGGACAGCUCACAACUCAAGGGUUAAUGCCUUUGGGAAGUCAAGAAUCUUCAGAUAGUCUGGCAGCAGAGAUUGUUACACCUGAGAUAAGGGAGAAACUUAUUCGUCUUCAGCAUGAGAAUAAGAUGUUAAAAAUUAACCAAGAGGGUUCAGACAAUGAAAAAAUUGCCUUAUUGCAGAGUCUUCUGGAUGAUGCAAACCUACGCAAGAAUGAACUGGAGACAGAGAAUAGGCUGGUGAAUCAAAGACUUCUGGAAGUACAGUCACAAGUUGAAGAACUGCAAAAAUCUUUACAGGAUCAAGGCUCAAAAGCAGAAGAUGCUAUUUCAGUUCUUCUAAAAAAGAAGCUUGAAGAACAUCUGGAGAAGCUGCAUGAAGCCAAUAAUGAAUUGCAGAAGAAGAGAGCCAUUAUUGAAGAUCUUGAGCCACGAUUUAAUAACAGCUCCUUAAAAAUUGAAGAACUGCAAGAAGCUUUACGAAAGAAAGAAGAGGAAAUGAAACAAAUGGAAGAACGAUAUAAAAAAUACUUAGAGAAAGCCAAAAGUGUUAUCCGUACUUUAGAUCCUAAGCAGAAUCAAGGAGCAGCACCAGAAAUACAGGCUCUUAAAAAUCAGCUCCAGGAACGGGACCGACUGUUCCAUUCUUUAGAGAAAGAAUAUGAGAAAACAAAGAGUCAAAGAGAAAUGGAGGAGAAAUAUAUUGUUAGUGCCUGGUACAAUCUGGGAAUGACCCUGCAUAAAAAGGCGGCUGAAGAUAGACUUGCUAGUACAGGUUCAGGGCAGUCAUUUCUGGCUAGGCAAAGACAAGCAACCAGCACAAGAAGAUCUUAUCCGGGCCAUGUUCAACCAGCCACAGCAAGGUAGACAAGUCUUACCAUCAGAAUAAAAAAACAUCCUACAUUCAAAGCAUACUUCUGUUACAUAUGACAACAUUUCAGGAAAUUCAGCCAGCUUAUUUUUUGUCUCUUUUAUGUUGAUAUUUAGUUGUUUCUCAUUUGAGGACUUUCUCUCUCCUAUAUCUAUAAUAUUUUAGUUUCUUGGUUCUUUAUUUUGUAGUCCUUUCAGUUCCUUUUAAUGUGCCAAAAAUUUUUAAAUGCCCAAUUAAAAGUGUUGUAUAAUAGUGUAGUACUUUUCUUUGUAUGAAAAUGUCCUUUCCCCAAUGGUGUAGGCUUUGUAAUGAAUUAGAUUUUCUGCCAAUAAUUGAUAUACAAUUUAUAUUCUUUAUUGUGCCUCUGUGUUACCAUGCUUUAUAAGAAUGUCUUUGUUUAAAGGGAAUUAAUCUUUUUAUGAUGUAUUAAUCUGUGUUUUCAAUUGUUUUCCAAAUGCACUUCAAAUAACUUGCAUAUUUACUAUAUAAAAUGGUUGGUAAGUGCACUUUUUGCAAAGACAUAAAUACAUUGGCAGAGGUGCUAAUCCGAUGUUACCUAAGGCACCUGAUAGAUUUAUUCAGAGGGAAAAAAAUAAGUUUUCCACGUUGUUUUAUAGGAAAUUAAAUUUGUCCGAAGAUUUGGAAACUAUUUUUAAAACAUACAUAAAAUUUCAUUAUUUCUUGCUAUCUUGUUUGCUGACAGAAGAUAAUGGAUUGGUUAGGUUAUUUGGGGGGAAAUUACAGAAAAAAAAAUCAGGCAGUGCAUUCAUUUUUUUCUUGUUUUGAAAUAUCAUAGUAACUGAGGAUCAGAUUCUAGCAAUGCGGCUGACAUUUACAGUUUCAGUUACCCUCCACAUCUAAAAGAUUUAUUUUUCAUAUACUUACUAGUAACAGGUAGCCUUACCUUUUGGGCAAUUUCCUUGUUGCACCUCAUUUUACUUAUUCUUUAAUAUAAACCCUUCUAUUUCUCAAUUCCUAUACCUAACAUCGUAGUAUCAGUCCUUAAGAUCAAUAAGUGACUUCUUGUAUGUGAUGUUAUGACAGGUCUUUUAACAUUUUUUUCUUAAUUCUAUGUACUAGUCCAAGAAUCAGCCACUGAAUAGAUUCUCUUGGGUAUUUGGUUGCCUCAAAGUUCUUAGAUUUGUUGACAGAUUGUAAAGCACUUUGGCUGUAUAAGGUGCUAUAUAAAUGUGAAACAACAUUCAUUUGAAAAUGAAAUGCCUCUGCCUGGCUUUCCAUAUUAAGUAUUUGGUCCCAAAUUAUAUCUAAGUUCCCCUCCAGCCUUUUUCUUGCACCAUAGCCAAUUUUUUUUAAGCAUAAAAUUAUUGAAAUUAGGUUGAUUGGUUGGUUGGUUGGUUUUGGUUUCAGAUACGUCACCUAAAAAGAUUUUAUUUCAUGUACUUGCUAUUUGGAAGUUCAGGUUUCAUUUAGUCUUGUAUAUUAAAUACAAAUGAAUAACUCUAAAUCAAGUUAAAUAUAAUUAAGAACUUUCAGAAACUAUAUUCAAGUGUUUGAUUUUAAAUCCUUACUUUCUUUUUUGUAAGAAAAUUGACCUAAAAAUUAGUAGCGUUUUCAUUUGUCUUCAGAAACCAUUCUUGAAGAAAGCUAUUAGAGUAUACACGGAAAUGACUCCAUACACUGUGCUAAUUUUUUACAUUACGUACAGAGGUCUGAGUGCAGUAUGAUUGCUUCUGCCUGAUAAGACUAUAAAGCAGGAAGAAUUAGUAAUAAUGGAGAGAACCACGUGAGUAGAAUGCAUUGUGAGGUUUCAGGAGGCUAAGCAGACCUCAUCAACAUAGGCAAUUUAACAGUACAAGAUUAAAAACUAGUUAAGAUGGUUCUUACCCCUGCCCCCUUAUUUCACAAAUAACAUAAGGAUUUAGCUGUUUUAAAACAGGGCAUGAACACUAACCUUGGUAACAUUAAAAUUGUUUGAAAAUUAUACUACCUGCAGAAUAAGAUAGAUGAAAAUAAAAAAAAAAAAAAGAGUCUAUGAUCUCUUUAUUAGAUGGAUUAUAUCCUAUGAGACGAGAGGUUUUAAUUUUAGUUCUUUGUUUACUGCUCCAGUCCUGGUCUUCUGGUCUACCUGGUAGGUAGGCUACCAGGUGCCAGGCUUUUAGAAGCAAGUUUUACUCAUUUUUCUUUGGCAUCUGUUGCAUGCUAUUAUUUUGGUGUUUACAUUCAUAACUUUCAUGUUCCUUUACUGUACCUGUAUGGGUUUAGUAUAUUACUUGCAUUACAUAGCAGAAAUUAUAUUCCUAAACAUUCUGAUAUUUUUUAAAAAAGCAGGAAUAAAACUGAGCUGUAGCAGUGACCACCUUGUUUCCCUUGCCCAGCUUUGGGCGAGAUUUAUAAAUCACUAUUUCUCCAAUAAUGAUUAAUAAUUUUUCAGGAGGUUUGUGAUGAUGCAUGGUUUGUCUGGAAGUUAAAAGCCAUUAGGCACUUUAUCUAGAUGUGAGCUAUACUGUGCUAUAUUCUUACAGACUCCCUGUAUACAGUAGCUUCAAGAAGCCACAGUUUGCUCGAACAACAACAGAGCUGUAGCCCUGGCCUCCACAAUGGAGUAAGUACAGUGUUACUGCAUUAGCUUGGGGUGACCCAUCCCCGCAGUGUUGAAUUCUUAUAAACAAAAUUUUAUUUUCUGUUUUCCUUCUAACCAGGGUAAGAAAAUACAAAGUAAAUAACUAAAAAAAUUUUUAAGAGUAACAUUUAUGUUCUGCAGUGUGCAUUUACAAAGUUUGUAAUCAGAAAAAAUCCAACAGCUAUUGUAGUUUUACCACCUAGAAACAGAGAAUAAAUAAUACAACUGUACAUAUCUGAAAAGAGCUUCAAAAAUUCAAUCAUAUCUUUUUAUCAUUUGUCUAAUUCCUUGAUAAUAACCAAGAAAAAAAGUCCCUAAAUAAAGGACCCAUGUUCCAAAAUUGAUUAAGAUUGAAUUAUUUCUAUUUGAUAGUCCUAGCCUGGUAAAAUUGGCUUGGUGGGAUGUGAGAUGAGUAGAUUAUAAUAAGGAUAAUUUUGCAUUUGUAAUUUUGUUGAAGUUUUAUUGUUUUGUUUAUACAGUAAAGCUCAAUUGUAAAAAAUUAAGCUAGAUGUUAUCCAGUCAGACAUUGGCCCUGACAUUUCAUUAACCCUGCACAGGUGUGAAAAUCCACACUAUGUAAGCACGUCAGCAGUAAGUGAUUGUUCAGUGAGAGAUGAGUUAGGCUAAAGAAAAGAUCAUUUUAUUAGCUAGUUUAGUCACGUCUCCUUAUAAUAGCAGUUUUGUUUAUUUUUGUUAGCUAAUGAUACAAAAUAUCUUCCAGGGCCUCUUGCUCUCAGACAAGCAUUCAUCUUUUCAAGCUAACAUCAUGUUAAAAACUUGAAAAUCCCUAUCCCAAUAAUGAGAAUUAUCUUGAAACCAAAGUCUAAAUUUUUAAAAUGAUCUUAACUCUCUGCAUUUAAUUUCCAAUUGUCCAGAUCUGACUCUGGAAUGUUAUAGUUAUUGCCAGUUGAACAUGUGAGAUUAUCUGAAAAAGCACCCACAACCCACAGCUACUGCACACCUAGCUAGUUUCCAGCCCUGUGGGUAAGAACACUGUGACCCUAAAGUGAGAGGAAAGUGCUUGGUGUUUUGCUUUUUGCUAAUUGCAGAAUAACAACAUUAAGGCAAAAUGCUUUUUGUUGUCUAUUUCUUAAAUUAUGGAAGGAAGCAUUGACUUCUCCCCCUUGUAUGAUGAAGGGACUCAUUGUGCUCAUGUAGCAUAUUGAUUAUACUUCAAAGUCAAACCUGUGUGAUGCCCUGAAGUAGAUGAAGGAGUGUGUUAACAAAAGAAAUGGGGCAUCAUAAUCUUUGAAAAUUAUUUUAGCAUGCCUUUUAUUUUCCCUUUUUCUAAGUUAAGAGGGUCAUUCAAUAAUGAUAAUCUCUUUUUCUAUAGUCCCAACUGUCGAAAUGGCAGCUUAUUUUGGUACAUUUGAUUCAUUACAUUUAGAAAGUGGUUUCAGAGCUUAUUCUUUGUAACUAUAAUGAUUCUAAUAUUUUAUAUCAUGAAGUUUUUAUAUGAGGAAGGCUAUUCUCAAUGUGUCUGUCAUCCAAUUUUUUACUUUCUAUAAAGCAUAUUUAAAUAAUAAUUGGUGUAUGUUCCUUUUAUUGAAAAUGUUUUAUUGUCCAGUUUAAGCACAAUAAUUUUAUUCUUCUGAAGUUUUAUAGUAAAUACUGUUCAUUUCUCAGAACCUAAAAAACAAAAUAAUUUUCUGCUGACACAGCUAAUUUCUGCCCUUCCCUAUUCCCCCAAAUCAUAGAAAUAUUAAUAUUUAGCUUCCUUUUUAUAAAGCGAAGGAUAGCACAAACGUGAUGAUAUCCAUCUCUUCUAAAUCACUGAAUAUGUUCUGGAGAAGAAUUUAUUGAUUAUUUUGUUGCUAAACAGCCCUUUAUCAACCCAAUCCAACUCAUGCGUGUUAUCUAUGAAUGUAAAAACUUAUGAAGUUUAUUAAAUUGAUAGAGAAAGGGACAUUAGUUUAUUUGAGAAACAAGAGACCUGAACCUAAUUAUGGCAAGUAUAUGAGUUUGAACAAUUGUAGGGGGGGUCUAUACAUGUUUCCUAAUGAUUACAUAUCAACAAUUAAUGUGAUGUCUCUCUUCAUUAUUUUUCUAUUUUCCAAUAAUAUUCUGUAAGAUCAGUUUGUCUGCUGUAUUUAUAUGUGAGCAUAAAAAUGUGAGGAAGUAACAGAAGACUGUGAAGGCAAAUCCAUUCCUAGAAAUUAGAAUGUAUUAUUGGGAUAAGAAAUGGCCUGAUUAUAAACAAAUAUCCAGGCUGAUAGAAGUACUAAUACAAUUAAAAAUAACAUUGUCUUAACAAAUGUUCCUCAAGUGAUAGUUUACAUAAAAUCUUCUGACUCUCUUACAUGAUCAUUAAAUAAAGAAGAGUAGACAAAAAUGUAAUUUAGUUUCUAACUGUCCCUCCCUUCAGUGGGCAUUAGCUGGCAUACAAUAUUAACUAUACGUUUAUCAGUGGAAGGGAAAGCAUCUAUUUUUAUUUUGAAACUGUUAACCCAUUACUAAAUCUAAGAUAGUGAUUUGAAGCCAUUGAGGAUACUUGGAUUUGAUCAGAAGAACUCUGUGGUGGCUGAAAAUUACUACUGACUUCUCUAGAUCUGCUGCUUUAUCUAGUUUAUACACCUUAGGAUCAAUUUUAUGUUCCCCCCUAAUUAGACAUAGUAGCCCCCCCCCCACAAUAUUUUGUUUAAAUUGAAAGCAGGAGUAGAGAUUUUUAAAAAUAUAUUCAAGAGAGUCUUUAUGUACCUGAUACGUUAUCACCAGGCUCUGAAUUAGAUCUUUAGGAUCUGAAGAUGAAAUCAUCAGAAAAAGUGUCCAUAGCCUCAAAAUUUCAGGCCCAAAGGGCUAUCAAAUGUCCUAAAUUCUACCUACUCAGAGCUUAAAGGAAGAAUUAAAUACCAUGACAAGAAUAAUCUCAAAAUGAGAAAAAGAAAACUACCAAAGCAUGUUGAGGCUUUAAUGUAUGUGGGAGACUUCUGAGCAGGUGUUAUCACUUUAGAUAUCUCUAAGGUGACAAAGGAAAAUAAUUAGUUUAGCAAUUGUUAAAAUUAAUAAAAGGGAUUCAUGUUUAUUCUUGGUGUAUUUGUCAACCUAUGGGCAGUGCUUACUGUAUACAUUCUAUAGUGUGUAUAUGUCAUUAUUAUAGAUGAGUGUCUUUUAUUUACUGUUCUAUCUAAUCAUUUAUUUAUACUUUACUGCAAGGUUCACAGCACUUUACUAAUAUUAGAUAAUUAUUUUUCUUCUACUUUUCUGUGGCAUUUUCUAUUUAUGUCUUUUCUGCUAGGGUCUUUUCCUUAUUUUGGAGUACUCACUAAGAAAAAUGUAAAAGAUCGCCCAAAGAAAUGGGCUCUGUACUCUUCCUGAAAUGUUUAAAGUGGGAUCUGAAAAUCCAAGUCUAAAGAUCUAUUUGAAGCUGGAUUGGGGCUAUUGGGCAUAAAUUGCAUUUUAUAUUUCACAUUAAUAAGACUUGUAUAAGUCAGUACUCAUGAGGCCAAAUUCUCUCAAAUGCCAACACCCUUGAAACCUUUUGUUUUCUGGAGUUAUAUUAGUAAAAAGUAAACAAUCUUCUAGUUAAUUAGAGAAUACCAGAAGGCACCUAGUCCCAUGGCCUGUGUGUACCCAAUUUUGAGAGACCAGAAUAGUCCAGUUCUUGGGCUUAGACGAACCCUUUAAACCCAGCUGAAUUGGUCUCAGCAGGCUUCCUGAUAAAAGGGGAAGUGUCCACUGGCCUGAUAACUAAGUCACUCCUGGUCCUCCCGACUCCCAGAGAGAUGGACCAUUAGCCAUGGGGAGUUCUCACCUUUGUUGUGCUGUUUCCUAAAAUACAAACCUACCAGUUGCCCUUAACUCAUAGUUUCUUCAUCAUUGCCUAUACCCAAAGACAGGAGAAAGAAAGCCAGGUUCCAGGAGCCAUAAAGUUGGAAAAUCUGGGAAAUGGUGGGAGUUAGUUGAUGAGAAAAGGUAGCAGAACGCUCCAGAAAUAUCCUUCAUUCUGCUAUAACAGAUGCUUAAUGAACUUGACUGUUCUUAAGUUCAAAAGUAGCUAAGUUUUCAGCUUGUUCUCUUCAGAGAUAUUUUUAGAAAUCAGGACUCUUCCAUUUGUAACUUAAAAAAUGUUAAUACUCAAAUCAUAGUCAAAAAGUAGUGAAAUAUUUGUUGUUAUGUAAACAUUGACACAUGAUUACUGCCAAAGAAUAGGGAGAUUUGCUCAUAAGAACAUUCUCUUAGAGUUUUGUUUUGUGCUUUCACAUGAGAGAAAUGCCUUUAUAUUGUGAAAAGUUUCUGUAGUAUUUUCUUCUGUAUUACCCCCUGUUCUACUGAUGUGCUUUGCUUAAGCAAAUCACCUAGAAGAGAGCAACACUGAAAUAAGAGAAGUCUAGACCCUGACCUUUGAGAGAAGAGCUGCUUUUGUCCCCCUAAAGUAAAAAAUUAAAAAAGAAAUAUGCUCAUACAUACACACACACAAAGACAGAAUAUGAUGUUUUGAAUAUCUAUUAAUUUAGUUGUUGAGUGAAUAAGUUCCCUUCUAAAUGUCUUUACCAUCCGGUGGCUUUUGCUGAUUUAGAUAAGAGUAGAUCCUGGGCCUACAUUGUCCAAUUUAUUAGCCACUAGCCACAUGGUGAUUUACAUUUAAAUUAAAUAAAAUUCAAACUUUGGUUCUCUCUAAUCACCAACCACAUUUCAAGUGCUCAGUAGCCGCACAUGAAUAGUGGUUACCAUAUUGGACAGCAUAAAUAUAGAACAUUUCCAUCAUUGCAGAAAAUGCCUUUUUACAGUGCUGUCAUGCCCAAAGAGAAAACAAGGACAAAAUGAAAGUUUUCAGUUAACUUAUAAUAACUAUUAGAUUUUACUGCCGUAGUUGAAGAAAGCUGUUUUUCAUAUAAAAAUUAAUACCAGCCCUUUUUAAAGACACUGGAAAAAUCAAAACCCCAUUCUUUGAAACUAGUUUUCAAUGUAUUUUUUUAAACAGGUUCUUAGCACUUUACUUUUCAAGUGAUUAAAUUAAAUCAUUUCAUAAAUCAUAACUUAGUAUCUUCAGGCUUUUUUCUCCUUGUUUUGUAGUCCUCAAAUUGAUGAUACAUAGUUUCUAACACACAUAGAACAAAAACCAAUGAAUGCGUUAUUUAUUCACAAAUAAAAAUUGCUAAACAUUUAUCCUUCUGUUAUUUUUAAAUCUGUAUAGAUCUAAUGAAAGUGGCAACAGUUUUUGUUUCUGUCCCUUUAAACAUUUCUCCCUAACAUCACAUUUGAUUGUUUCCCCCUUAAAGGAAUAUCAAGAUCCAAAUAAUUCCUUGGUUUUCUUCAUACUUUCUUGCUCUUAAUAACUUGGAUUACGUGAAUUAAGUUCAGUUUCAUAUACGAAGCAAGAAUUUUAUUCCAGUGACUUAGUUAAUGAAACAUUUUUUUGUAUUUAUUAAUUUACUUUUUAACAUAACGAAAAGGAUGCACAUGGAUGCAUCUUUGACUUUUUUAAUGAAAAUAAGGGACUUAAUCAUAACUCUUUUCAGUAGGCUUGGUACUUAGUUAAAACCGUCCUGUUAGGAAGUCAUGAUGCUGAUGCUUUCCUCUUCCGUUUUAAAUGUUUUAAAUCAGGCAACAGACUCAAUCCAGUAGGUCAAAUUCCAAGCAAAUUAUGAAAUUCUUAUCAUCAUUCAAGUACAGAUCGGUAAAUGGUGUGAUUUGAGUUUGUGUUAUUAUUUUCUUGUUGGCCUAAUUUAAUAUGUGUUCUACAGAGAUUCAUGUUAGUUAAGGGAAAUUUUCAUUAUGCUUGAAAUACAUAGUAUUUUAGUAUAAAUACAGGAAAAGACUGUACACAAAUGCCAAUCAAUGAUUUGAGGCCUUUUAAUUUUUUUAAAUAGUAGCCUUUUGUUUUUUAAUAGCCUUAGUUAUUUAAAAUUUAGAUGCACUAAAAUGUCAUUGCUGUCACUAACUUUGCUGUGAACAGGUUAUGUGUAAUUCAGAAUGCUUUGCACCUAGAAUAAUUUCCAGAUUUAUUUUGUUUUGCAGUUUUCAUGUUUUGACAAUUGCCCCACCAUUUAUAACACCCAGUUUUUGGUUGUGUAAUGAAUGGUAAAAUUCAAACAUAUCUAAUAAUUUAAUAAUUUGCCUUAUUUUGAUUAAUAAAUUCUAUCAAAGAUUUGAGGAUAGAAAAGGCUUUUUUUUUUUUCCUAUAGUAUUUUUUAAACUUUUCAGAUGAGCUGGAAAACACCUUAGUACAUUGGAGUUGGAAUUGUAUUGAUUACAGUCCCAGCUCUAAAGCCUUAUACUCAUGUCUUAAGUAUUAUUGAUUGUUCUAUGAAUUGUUGUUAGUUUCCUAUUUGGCAUCACAGUUAUCCACCUUGCAGUUAAGCUUUGGCAAAAAGGAUAUUACUUGGUAUAUUCUUAUUUCUGGUUGACUAUUGAAUUUAUAAUUCAACAACUUCAUUCUUUGUCAUUAUAAUCCAAAAAUGAAACCACAUAGAACUCUAAAUUUGUCACUUCACAAUGGAAUCAAUACAGAUUUAGCAACAUAGUACAUAACAGCAUCCAAGGAUUUUUCCACAUGUUUACCAAGUUUACCAACCAUUUACUGUAUAUUAGAUCGGUGGAUUUUCUGUUUUUCUGAGGUGAAUGACUUAUUAGCCUCAGUAAGAAAUUUUCACUAAAGUCACAGAAACAUUAAGUCCAAUAAACCACCAGAAGACAGAUUUUUAAUUUUUUUGAAAUCUUAUAUUGUAUUUCCUUUUGAUAUCACUUAUUCAUUUUAAUUUUAUGACUGCCAACUUGUUAUGGUAUUAAUUAUAUGUAUAUGUUUAUAUGUAUGCAUAUAAUAUAUGUAUAUGUAUAUGAAGAAUAAAGUUAAGAUUUGGUCAAACUAUAUUUUCCCAUUCAAGUACAAAAAUGUUUUCAAGGCUGCAAAAAGUGUACAGUUGUUAAACAAGUUGUAAAUAAAGACUUGUAUAAAAA